UGCACUUAGGGUGGGGGUGGGAGGCUAAUGGCAAUUGCUCAGAAUGAUAUUAGUUCCUGAAAAUAUAUAAAUGAAGGGAAUUAACUUUUGGAAUACAUCGCGGAAUUUACCAACAGACCAAUGAGACACUGGGAAUCCAAAAAAUAAACAAACAGUUACACGUUAAUUUAAUAGUAAAAGUAAAGUAUAGAUAAAAAUGAAUCAGACCCAUCAGAAGAACCGAUCCCUCAACGCCGACGAAGCGCAGCUCGUAGAUUCCGAGGCUAAUACACUCCCUCUACAACAUCUUACCAUAAAAGAAUCCAAAUAUGACGGAGACAAGUCGACCUUUGACCCAUCCAGACGGAACGUAGAUGACCGAGAUUGUGACAUGAUGGAGCGUGAGACUCUUCUUGCUCCUGGUCCAGUUAAGCUCACUCCAAGUUGGGAAUCUAGAAAUAUUACAAAUGAUGAACUGAACUUUAAAAAUGGACUUUACAGGGAAGAAAAAGAACCCAGGGACAGGUUAAAUUUAGUGUACAUAAUCCUGAUGUUACAUGGGGUUGGCACACUAAUGCCAUGGAAUAUGUUCAUUACCGCUAAACCAUAUUUUGUAGACCUGAAGUUGAGUGUCAGUCAGAAUGACACCCGAGCUGCUGAGUAUCGAGAUAAUUUUUUGUCUUACCUUGGUGUAGCAGCUCAAGUUCCAAAUGUUUUCUUUAAUGGACUUAAUCUCUUUCUUCAUAUUGGUGGAGGAAAGCUCACUAAACGCAUCACCAUAAGCAUCAUUGUGGCCAUUCUUGUCUUCAUUUUAACAGUAAUUCUGGCUGUAUUAGAUACUUCUGGUUGGCCAGAAGCAUUUUUCUACAUCACCAUGAUAUCUGUAGUGAUUUUAAAUAUGGCUAAUGGAGUUUACCAGAACUGUGUUUAUGGUGUAGCUGCUAAGUUGCCGAUGAAGUAUUUAAAUGCUGUAGUUUUGGGUUCGAAUGUCAGUGGAACCAUUGCAUCCCUGAUCAGUAUAUUGUCUAUUGCAGCCUCUCCAAAUCUACGAACUGCUGCCAUUUACUACUUCAUUACUGCUAUCUUUGUGCUCCUUGUGGCGGUGGAUACUUACUUCGCUCUUCCUCUGACUCGUUUCUACAGGUACCAUGAAGAGAUCUCUCGGCAAGCCCAAGAAGAAAGCAAGAUUACUUCCAGAAGACCUCCGUUCUGGAAAAUAUUCAAGAAAACUUGGAGGCAGUGUUUCAAUGUGUUCUUUGUUUUUUUUGUUACCUUAACAAGCUUUCCUGCUGUACAAGGCAGUAUCUUUGCUGUUGAUUCAAAUUUUUUUAUUUCCUCCACAUAUUUUAUUCCUGUUUGUUGCUUCCUGUUUUUCAACUUGUUUGCCAUGAUUGGAAACAUCUUUCCAAACUGGGUGGUUUGGCCUGGUCCACGGUUCUUGUGGAUUCCUGUGGUCUCAAGAAUUCUUUUCAUUCCAUUCUUUAUGAUGUGUAACUACAAGCCCCAAAAACGAGCUUUUCCAGUUCUUAUCUCCAGUGACUGGGCUUACAUUAUCGUAUCGAUGUUCCAUGGACUGAGCAGUGGUUAUUACAGUAGCUUAGCUAUGAUGUAUGUUCCUAGAUGUGUCGAGAUAAAAUAUGCCUCUACAGCUGGAAUGAUGGGUGCCUUCUUCCUCAUCUUGGGGAUAUUCAGUGGUGUCAAUUUUUCGUUUUUUAUAUCUUGGUUGGUGGAGACUCCUAUUUUUUAAAAGUCGUUUCCAGUCACCUCCCACAUCAAACUAAAUAACUUUAUGUGACACUUGUUUUUGAAAUUUCAUAAGAUUGAAAACUGAGUCUCUUCAUAUUGAGGGUUGAGUCUCAAACAUUUGUCUUUAAUAUUUUGUUUCAAUAACUAAUAUGUUAGUCCUCCCUCAUAGCUAGUUAAUGAAAUUGUUUGUUAUCUUUCAUGUUAGUACUGGUGAUAAUUUAUUUAUGUCAAAGUUAUUAAUAACUGAGAUUAGGAGUGUUUACAUGUGCCGAGAUACACGUCGUCAUAGCUGAAUUUCAAGCCAUGUAAACAUUUUUAUCUUUUCAGAAAUGAAAUAUUCUAAGCACCGAGUGACGAGUUGUUUGACAUGAUUUAUUAUAGUUAAGUUUUAUAGAAUUUUUAAAAUUGAAUGUUGGCAAUAUUUAACAUAUUUGUUUGUAUUUGUAAUUUUCUCAAAAGAAAUCCGUUUUGUAUUAACAACGCUUCCACCACUGAACACGUAUCAGGCAGUGUGUUAUCAUGGAAAUGUUUUGUACUUGAAUAUAUUUUUAGAGACAAGUAGAUCUUCGUAGCUGUGGUAGAAAAAACUUUUAUUACUGUGGUAUUAAACAGAAGUGUGGUGUUAUAUCUAAACUUUAGUUGUUUAGUUAUAAAAUUUGGAAUGUUUUUAAAAUUUUUGUUUAUACCAAUGAUUUAAGUGGUUGAUAAUGUUUCACCAUUUUUAUGCUGUUGCCAAUUAAACUAUCGUUUCUGUUUGAUGUUGCUGAUGGUAUAUUACUGUUUGACCUUCGAGUGGAAGACCUAGAAAUCUAGUAAUGUUAAAAACUCAUGACACGACACUCUCGUUUGUGUUUUGUUUUGUUUUAAUAACUAGUUUUAUAAAAGGUUCCAGGGAAGAAACCUCAAUGUUAUAGCUUUUAACACAAGUUACUGAUUAUUGUUUCUGUGUUAUACAAAAUGUAAAUGUCAGCAAUUAACUCCAGUUCCUGUAAGAAUCUUUGUAUCUCUGAUCAUUUUAUAUUGUUAUGUACGUGUCUUAAGUAGACAUUUAAUUAUUACCAAGUGUGCCUAGAUUUUGAAGUUGCAAAUGUCAGAGUAUUAGAUAAUGCAAAAGGAACUAUUAAAAUAGAUAGAAAAACAAA